AUUCUGCCUUCGCACCCACUACCAGCCCGAUCACCGACCCGGCAAUCGAUUGUCCGGCUGCAGAUCUCACCAUGCUGCUGAAGUUUGUUUGCUCGCUGCUGCUGCUCCCUGCAAGCUUGCGCUCUGCUGCCGCUGUCGCCCCUGGAGUUCCCCCCGCAACUUCAGCACCUGCCUAUGAUAAAGCUUUGCAGCUUUCCAAAGCAGCAGCAGCAGCAGCGGGAGUCAAGCACCCUUUCUUUCUCCUGGAGCAGGAGCAGGAGCACCGAGCCGGCGGCAUCGUGCAGAGCAUAGAUCAGACCUACUCGGGGGGAGGCAAGGUGGGCUACAUCCUCUACGCGGGCGGGAAGCGGUUCCUUUUGGAUUUGGAGAAGGACGCGCUGCUCGGGUCUGCCGAGCAGCUGCUGCUGGGCAAAGGUCACUGCUACUACCGGGGCACGGUGGAUGGGAGCCCCCAGUCCUUGGCGGUCUUCAAUCUCUGUGGCGGGCUGGAUGGCUACUUUGCGGUCAAGCACGCCCGCUACACGGUGAAGCCUUUGCUGGGGGGGAAGGAGGAGGAGGAGGAGGAGCCCACUAGGGAGAAGAUCUACGACGACCAGUCUGCCCCGGUGCUACACCUCUUCUUCAGGGAUCAUUUCAGCUUCGAAACGCUGCCUUCGCGCCCCAGCUGCGAGACUCGCGGGUCUUCUUCCAGGCCCCCCAUUCCGGAUCGGAAGAGGCUGGCUCAGGGGCAGGAGAAGUUGGAGACAGAUUUCAACACCAGGGCAGCCCUUUCUCCCAGCCUCUUUGCCCCACAGGCGGGCUCUAGGAACAGAAAGAGGCGCUCCAUCUCCAGAGCCAGGCAGGUAGAACUUCUUCUGGUGGCUGAUGACUCAAUGGCCAAGAAGUAUGGCAAGGGUCUCCAUCAUUACCUGCUGACCUUAGCCACCAUUGCCUCCCGGCUUUAUGGGCAUGCUAGCAUUGAGAACCACAUCCGCUUGGUGGUGGUGAAGGUCGUGGUGCUGGGGGACAAGGAGAAGGGGCUGGAGGUGAACAAGAAUGCGGCCACCACACUGAAGAACUUCUGCAAGUGGCAGCACCAGCACAACCAGCUGGAUGACGAUCAUGAGGAACAUUAUGAUGCUGCCAUCCUCUUCACCCGUGAGGAUUUAUGUGGGCAUCAUUCAUGUGAUACUCUGGGAAUGGCUGACGUUGGAACCAUAUGCUCUCCUGAGCGCAGCUGUGCAGUGAUUGAAGACGACGGCCUCCAUGCGGCUUUUACAGUGGCUCACGAAAUUGGGCACCUCCUUGGACUCUCCCAUGAUGACUCCAAAUUCUGUGAGGAGAACUUUGGUUCCAUGGAAGAUAAACGACUUAUGUCUUCCAUCUUAACAAGUAUUGAUGCUUCCAAACCAUGGUCCAAGUGCACUUCAGCAACAAUAACAGAAUUUCUGGAUGACGGCCAUGGUAACUGUUUACUGGAUCAACCACGGAAACAGAUCUUGGGUCCUGAGGAGCUUCCAGGACAAACAUAUGAUGCCAUCCGUCAAUGCAAGCUGGCAUUUGGGCCUGAAUACACAGUAUGUCCUGGAAUGGAUGUGUGCUCUCGACUGUGGUGUGCGGUUGUUCGCCAAGGUCAGAUGGUGUGUUUGACCAAAAAGCUCCCUGCUGUGGAGGGGACGCCAUGCGGAAAAGGAAGGAUCUGCCUUCAAGGGAAAUGUGUUGAUAAAACAAAGAAAAAAUAUUAUUCGGCUUCAAACCAUGGGAACUGGGGCUCCUGGGGCCCAUGGGGACAGUGUUCUCGUACGUGUGGUGGAGGUGUUCAGUUUGCCUAUCGUCACUGCAAUAACCCAGCACCUAGAAACAAUGGUCGGUAUUGUACAGGAAAGCGGGCCAUCUAUCGUUCCUGUAACAUCCUGCCCUGUCCUGCAAAUGCUAAAGCUUUUCGUCAGGAACAAUGUGAAGCAAGAAAUGGCUACCAGUCAGAUGCAAAAGGUGUCAAAACCUUUGUAGAAUGGGUCCCCAAAUAUGCAGGAGUGCUUCCAGGAGAUGUUUGCAAGCUCACCUGUCGAGCGAAAGGAACUGGCUACUACGUAGUUUUCUCUCAAAAGGUAACUGAUGGAACAGAAUGUAGGCCGUAUAGCAAUUCAGUAUGUGUCCGUGGCAAAUGUGUGAGAACAGGAUGUGAUGGCAUUAUUGGCUCAAAGCUCCAGUACGAUAGAUGUGGCAUCUGUGGAGGAGACAACUCCAGCUGCACAAAAAUUAUGGGAACUUUUAAUAAAAAGAGUAAGGGUUACACUGAUAUUGUGAAAAUACCAGAAGGAGCAACACACAUCAAAAUUCGACAGUUCAAAGCUAAAGACCAGAGCAGGUUUACAGCUUAUUUGGCCCUAAAGAAGAAAAAUGGUGAGUACCUUGUCAAUGGAAAGUACAUGAUCUCAACUUCGGAAACCAUCAUCGACCUCAAUGGAACCGUCAUGAACUACAGUGGCUGGAGUCAUAAAGAUGAUUUCUUGCAUGCAAUGGGGCAUACAGGCACAAAAGAGAUCCUUGUAGUACAAAUUCUUGCAACUGACCCAACAAAACCACUGGAUGUUCGUUACAGUUUCUAUGUGCCAAAGAAGCAAGCCCAAAUGACAAACUCUGUCACUAGCAACAGCAGUAGUAACAAAGUGUCACCAGCCCUCACACAACCUCAGUGGGUGACUGGACCAUGGCUUUCUUGCUCUCGAACAUGCGAUACAGGCUGGCACACAAGAACUGUUCAGUGUAAAGAUGGGAAUGGAAAAUUAGCUAAAGGAUGUCUUCUGUCUCAAAGACCUUCAGCAUUCAAGCAGUGCUUGCUAAAAAAAUGUUAACCUGUGGUUGUGAGCUUCUUAAAAAGGAGUCUUGUUAAGUCAUAGUUGACAUUGUGACACAAAGUCUACCCAGGCACAGAGAAAUGCCAACACUUCAACUUACUUUCAUAUAGUCUGAAAUUAUGGGCAGAAUCUGCCUAUGUGGACCAAAUGAAGAUAUGCACUGCUAGUGAUAGUGAGAAGAUCUUAAAUAUGUCAAAGGCACUAAGCAUUAGUUGUUACAAGCCCUCUGUAUCUGCAAAUAAGAAGAGGAUAAACCAGUGAAUGGGUGAUAAUGAUUUAUCUGAAGGUUACAGAAUCAUCUCCCUUUUCUCACCUACCUCUAACACAGUAUGUCCUUAGACAACUUGUCAUAGAUACCCAUGAUACCACAAUAGCUUAUUUUAUACUAUUUGUAAAUACCUUUGCUUUGGUAUGUCAUUUUAUUUCACUUGAUCUUCAUUUGAAAGAACAACCUUUCUAUAUGAUACAAGUGAUUGACCAAAGUAUCUCUGUAGCCAUUGUGAAUUCCACCUUUUCAAAAAUGGCUGUGGAUAUUUUACUGGAAAACUGAGAUCUUGCUGCUUUUUUAAAGAUUUAAUACACUUUUGACAACAGGAAAUCAUUUCCAUUCUAGGAGUUUCCUGACAACAGAGUUUGGUUCAAUAUUAAUGCCUUUUUAACUAGAAACUCUCAUCCAUGGAUACUUCCGCAGCCAGGAAAAAAAAAUAGCUGCUAGUAUGCUUCUUUUAAAGAAAGGGAGAAAAAAGAACAUACUCUAUUAUAUAUUAGUAAUUUAGAGAACAAAAAAUAUCUAUGAAAAUAAUCAACAACACAAUCUAGACUGUGCCCCCACAUACACCAUAGGGCAUGUGCAGCCAUCUACAUGACAGGAAGACUAACCAAGAAGAGGGUCAGAGGAAGGGAAUUCCACAGGCAGAAGAGGGAGAAGGGAAGGAGGACUUGGUGAGGCAUUAUAUCAUGCCCCAAGUGUUUUCUAGUUCAAAUAUUUUCAAGCCUGUUCACAUAUUUUCUCUGUUAGUUUUAUUGUGGCUUCUACUGGAAAUCUAACAAUGUGUAAUGUAUCAAUUGUCUAUUGAAAAACUAGUUGUCAAAAAAAAGCAAGUGGUUUCUUGCAUUUAGCAAUGAUUGGUCCAGUAUUUCUAACUUUCGUCAAAUACCCUGGUCUGGAUGGUUUAUCCAAGAUCUAAUGUCCAAAUUGCCCCAUUAUUUUGAAUGGGGGCCCCAAUGUGAAGGUGCAGUCUUUUGUACAAGUAGACUUGGUCUUUCUGUUGAAAUGAAUGGGGCAUUUUUUUCAUGUGCACAUGAACACACCCAUGCCUGUAAACCGCUAGGAUACCCAUGCACUAUUUUUAAAAACAGAAAACAUUUAUGCUUGAAAACUGCAUAUUUUUUUAAGAUACAGGUCUGACAUGGUAGUUGCAGCAGGUGCUGGUAGCUGAUAUGAUCCGCAGCUCCCUGACAAUGGAAGGAGGGCUGUGGAUCUGCAAGCAGCCUUCACGGAAGGCUUCUUUGUGCAGCAGACUGGGAGCGGAGGGGGAAGGGGAGAGAUUGUUGCUUCUCUCUCUUGUCUCAAAAGCCCUUUCUCCUUGUAUAAAUCUGUUCGCGAGGGCUGUGUGACCCUCAUGAACAGACUUAUACACGUAGAAAGGCUUUUAGACCGCUCCACACUCAGUCCACUGCACAAAGCAGUCUGCAGCACAAGGGCACUGAGGGCUGCUGGCAGAUCCACAAUCUGCCUUCGCUGCUAAAGGGCUGAGGAUCAUGUUGGUCAAUUUUCUACAGAUCAUUUCCACAGAGCAAAGAGAUAUUUUUCAUAGGCAAAGAAGUUUUCAGUUUUUGCAAGGUUACAGAUAAAUACCUCAUCGGAAAUCUAAUGAAAUUAAUUAACAAUUGGAUCAUGUUUAUGUAAUAUGAAUAAAAUAUUGAGUAUGGGUAAAUUCAGAGGUGAAUUUAUUUUCAUCAUAAUAACAGAUGAAAAUAAAUUCACCUCUGCUCCUAAUAUCCUCCACAAAUAUUGAAAUAAAUAGUUUCUAACCUCUCAGACCUCCAUGGGAAUUAGUUAUGGAUUUCAGGAGAGUCAAGAUUAGAUUCUAAAUAUCCUGAUUUCGUUAAUCACUGAAAUUUCAUUCCCAGUUUUGAGGGAGUACCCUAAUGAUAACAGGAGGUCAUCUGUGAUGAGUGACAGUUGCAUUCUCAUCUCUGCAGAUCAUUACAUGAUUGAAAAAUGAAGGUGCUUUUGUUAGGUACACAAUGUGGAAGUCCAGACAGUUUUGUUUUUAAGUGUGGCCUCCAGAAAGUGCAUGGAUAUAGAAAAAGACAGCUAUGUACCAAUAGAGCUCUAGUCUCAUGAAGGUACACAUGAUUAAUUGUGGCAGAAUGUGAAUAGAGACAGAAAUGCACAUCAAGAUGAGUAUCAGAAUGUGUGUUCUAUUGAAAGAAACAAAAUAAAAAUGUGCAUCUGAGAAACAUCUGAUUCCUGAUCCAAAGAGCUGCUCCAUAUGAGAUGGGAAGAAAUGUCAGUUUAGUGCAUUAUUUCAAUCAUGUUCUAGUCCAAAUUAUGUCAGUUUCUAGACUUUUUAGCCAUUCUCUUGUACCAUAGAUAAUUUCUUUUUAAAAAUGCUUAAGUGCAUAAUCAAAGAUUAACAUUUCCUAAUCAUCAGGGGAUAUGGCUGAUUUCUCUCUCUAAAAAAGGUAGUAGCACCAACAUUUUUUUUUAAAAAAAGAGCAUCAAGCUGGUGUGAUUAUUUAAAAUAUUUAUUAUUUUCAAGAAUAAAUCUUAUUUGGCCCCACCUUGAGGUUCAACUGUCUUCUUGAAGCUUUCCUACACAAAUUCCUUUUGAACAGAAUCCUGAGGUGCACAAUCCUGAGGUGCUUGAGAUAACUCAAAUAGAGUUACAUCAGUGUAUUAGUUUCCCCUUACACUUAAGAUUUGUCAUACAGGAAGCCUUAAAAUGAACAGAAUCUAUUCAAGAACAAUAAAAGGAGAACUCAAAGGGGGAGAAGCAACUGAAAUGAAGCCAAGUACAGAGGUGGUAUAAAUGGUGGUUUUGGUUGCAUAACUUAGAUUAACGUAUGGAAAAAAUGUUAAUUUCACAGCUUUGUUAUUGUAGUAUGAUUGCUGACACAUUUGCUAAUUAAUUUUGGCAAGAAAGGAAACAUGAAAGAGGAUUGUAUGUUUUUGCCUUUUCCUACAUCUUUCUGUACUAUUUGUGUUACAUCUCCAGUUCCUGCCACAUUGUAUUGUGCACUCACAAUGUGAAACUGGUGUCAAUUGCAUCAUUUUUAUAGUGUUGGAAUCAGGUCAGUUGCAAGGACUCUGAUAUAAUCACUGCCUGAUUGACUGCUGGGUUAUUCUAUAUUUCUCUGACAAUUAUACUAACUAAAUAGGAACACAUCGAAUGAUAAAGUCACAACUGCUAUUAUAAUUCUGAGAAUCUCUGCAUUAAAUGGAGCCAUCCCACUAGCCUCAGCAAUGAAAGCUGGCUUUCUGAAUUACGUUUAACACUAGAAAACCAAACUAUAACCUUCAGACCACAUGGUGUCAUUGUAGAGAACUCACUGGAGACUAGUAGAUUGAAGAUUGCCACCAAAACCUAUUGAAAAUGGUCAAUAUGUUGACCAUAAAACCUUCCCAUUGAAACAGUCUAUCUUAUGAGUGGAAGUGGGAGGAAAUGUUAGUGAUUGACUAGUUGUUUUUAAAAAACACAAAAAACCUAAAAAGCAAAGUAGCACUGAAAAAAAUAAUUUAUUGUUUUUACAAAUUGGUAUGUGAAUGGAUGUAAUGAAUUUAUUUAUUCUUAUUUAACGUGAAGUGCCAAUUGUGAACAUUCUUCUAUAUUUAAAAUGUUUUGCUAUUACUGCUUUGUCUGUCGUACCCUUGUUUUUUAAAAAGCCGUAUAUUUGAGUGGAAAGUACUAUGUGAAUUUACCAACGCACAGCA